AUAGAUAGUAUAUGAAAUACUAAAUUUUCUGUUAGAUAAGUCUCUAAUUUAUCUGGGGUUUGAGAAUCGUAAACAAAAACAUUCUAUAACGAAAAUAUUUUAAAAUAUGCAAGUUUUUAAAAGCGCUUUAAUUUUUUAAUUUUCAUUACAAUACUAAAAUGAUUAUUAAAUCGUUUUUAUUCCUUACAUUUUUGGCGUUUGGCAAACAAGAAUCGCUAGAAAUUUGCGAGGUAGAAAAUCAGAGCUGCCAUAAAGAAGUUUCUUAUGAAAAAUACAUAUUUUAUGAUGUGAACCCACCGGAAGGUUUUAAUUUACGUCGCGAUGUGUACAUGAGAUUUGCUAUUAUGCUGGCCGAAGCCCAAGAAAGUGGUAGGCGCCUCAGUUGGAGGUUAGUUUUGCCUCCUUGGUAUAAUUUAUACCACUGGAAAUCUGUUACCAAAAAAAACGUUCCACUGCCAUGGGGUAGUUUCUUCGAUGUUAAAUCAAUGCAGUCAUUUUCUCCAAUCGUAGAAUUAUAUGAACUAUUUGAUAAAACCAAACAACUCCCUGUUAUUAUUGAUCGUAUUUAUGUCUUGCAAAAUUUUGCUGAUGCAUUCGAAAACGCUGAAUUUAUUGAAAAAUGGGAAGUCAGUUCAGGUUGUAAUUAUGAUGGUUUCUGGGGUUAUAACAACAUAACAGCAAAGGAAGUGAUCUGCAUAAAUUUUCAAGGUAAAAUCUCUAAACUUUGGGAAUUAAUUGGACUCCAUCCACAUGACAAAUACAUCAUGUUUGCUCAUGGAGAAAUAGCCUUGCAUGAUGCCUAUGGAACAAAAACUUAUUGGGAUUGCAGAAGAAGCAUGAAAUUCAAUGAUAAAUUAGUACAAAGAGCAGAAGAAUUUGUAUCUAAGUACUUGGAAUGUAGUACAAAAAUGUGCAACAACUAUAUAAGUGUUCAUUGGCGAAGGCAGGACUUUGCACGGUAUCGUAAAAAAGAUGUACCAUCUAUCAAGGGCACAGCUCAACAAAUAAAAAAGGCAGUGAAGGACUUUAAUUCAUAUAUAAACAAAGUAUAUAUAGCAACCGAUGCGGCAAUAUCUUCUUUACGAGACUUGGAAAUAGAGCUUACUCACUUAGGUUUUUCAGUAUACUACUAUAUGCCAUCAAAAGCAGAUAUAGAGAAAUUUAGAGACGGAGGAGUAGCAAUUAUUGAUCAAAUUAUAUGUUCCUAUGCAGCAUACUUUAUCGGCACACAUGAGAGUACAUUUUCAUUCAGGAUCCAAGAGGAGAGAGAAAUCUUAGGUCAUGAUAGCAGCUCAACAUUUAAUAGAUUUUGUCCUGAUUCAGGACCUUGUGAGCGGCCAUCAAAGUGGACCAUAGUUUAUUAAUAAGUAAGGACUAUACAUAUUAUUAAAAAGCAUAAUGUAACUGAAUUUUUACCUUUUUGGUACUAUUUUUUUAUAAAUUAAAAAACAGAUUUUUGUUUAUUUUAAGUAGUAGUUAAAUAUAAGGUAGGUAAAUAGAUAAGAGAAACUCUAUCAUGGUGCCAUAAGAGAAAAACCAAAGAAUGUUACAUAAUAUUAAAAUAUAAU